CUCGUUUCUUUCGAGUUGCGAAUAAUUUGCUCUUAUAUAAAGAGCCAAGGAGCUGAGAAUUAUUUCAAGUAGCACCAACGUACUCCUGGCAGGAUGAUCGUUCCUCUCAUACCGCUGUACCUCGCUGCGGCUUUGAACCUGACGGAGAACGAAGUCGGUGGAAAGGAUAAGUGGAAAUACGGUCCCGAGGCUAUAUACGAGGUGAGAUUCGAGUGUGCACAAUGCAUCUGGUACGAGAAAGGCCACCCGGAAACAGCCAAAUCAUAUAACGAGACGAUGGAACUGAGUUGUCGUUCCAAGUCCAUAACGGCUCUGAGCUGUCAAUUGAACCCCUCCAACGAGGCCGGAGUCUUCGAAUUACAUUUCGAUCGUAGCGGUAUGAAAAAAAUCGUCGUCUCGUCGAGCAUAGACGAUUUUAUCCUCGACCUGAUAAGAGCGUCGGUCGCACAGUUGAACGUUGCCGUUGAUAUUUUCGGCCUCGGGAAAAGUCAGUUCGAAAUAUCGGAAAAUUUCUUUGCCGGCACCUGUCAGAGCCAUUACUUUUUGAGAUCCGAGGUAAACGUCACCGAUAACGAGGCGCGUGAAAAGCCCUACUCUGUGUACCUCCCUGCGGAUAUGCCGCCGAGAAAUGGGGAAAUUAAAAUGAUGGGGAGAACUCGAAAUAUUGAUAAAUGUCGAAAACGCCUCGACUAUUUUUUCAGCAAUUUGGAACCGCUCCACACUACGCCCAGCAUUUUUGAGCCUAAGCUCUUGUCAUCGAGGAGUCUUAUGACCUUUGGCGAAAGUCAUUUUUCUUCGUGGACCGAAAACACGAUAAGGUUGAAGGACCUUGAGACUUUGAUCGAAGAAAAUUUAACCGAACGAAUAACUCUGACUCUCCGAGACAUUGUUCCGGCCUCUGGUCCGUUGGUCAACUUCAAAGGACCUUCGAUGGCGGUUCCUAUUUUCCUGAAGAACUGGGUCCACGAGCGAAAUUCCUCCGAAGAGAAUAGCAGCUCCGAAGAAAAUCAAAGUUUCGAAAAGAAAAACUUUGUAGGUUGAGAAUGCAUUGUAUGCAUACCCGUUAAUUAUGAUUAUUGCAGUAAAAUAAAACGAGCCUUUCAAUAAA